AUGAGGACGACUGCGCAGCUCCAACGAGCGCUACCGCUCUUGUCAAGCAGCGCUUUUGCGGCUGGACCAUCCUACGCCGUCGCUCGCACUUUCCCUGCGCUCCGCUCUCCUCUGCCGACCACAUCGCAUCGACCCGCCUUCGUCGCCGCACCAAAGCUGACACCCUUCGCCCCACGUCCCUUUUCAUCCACCUCGUCGCGCAACGAAAUCUACACCGACACCCCCGACUCCUACUCGCGUCCAUCCUCCUCCAAAUCCUCUGCACCCUGGUAUCGCUCUCCCACGACACUCGUACUCGGCUUCAUCCCCAUCUUCACCUUCGCCCUGGGCUACUGGCAGAUCCGACGUCUCAAAUGGAAAGUCUCGCUCAUUGAGGAGUUGGAGGACAAACUGUCGCGGGCGCCCCUCACGCUGCCGAGGAAUAUCAAUACGGAGGUGUUGCCGCAGUUUGAUUUUCGACUGGUGACGUUGAAGGGGGAGUUUGAUUGGGAGAGGACGAUGUUUGUGGGACCGAGAGUGAGGGAUGGGGUGAUGGGGUAUCAUGUGGUUGUCCCGCUCAGGAGGACGGGUGGAGGAGGAGCGGUGUUGGUCAAUAGGGGGUUUGUCGACGAGAAGCAGAUCGUGGAGAGUGGGGAAGGGAGGAGGUUGAAGGAGGGUGCCAUGGAGACGGGGAGUGUGCAGAUGACGGCGUUGUUGCCGAGGAUCUACCCUGCGAAUGCGUUCACGCCGGAUAACGUGCCGGAAAAGGGAAGUUGGUUCCACGUCAAUCCGAACGAGAUGGCCGCUUGGGCGAGUGGGAGGGCGGGAGUGCAGGCUCUGCCCCUCGCCGAGGAAGAUGGGUAUACGCCCAGUGCGGGCGUCGCAGAGAGUGUCAAGGCUAUGCUCGGCAAGGGUGAAGGAGAGCGGGUACUACCGGUGUAUCUCGAGGAGGUGUUUGACGGGAACGUGGGUGAGGCAGCAACACGGGUUGCACAGGGAAUCCCCGUGGGAAGGGCAGCAACGAUCGAGUUGAGGAACCAACACGCCGUGUACGCCGCGACGUGGUUCUCACUCAGCGCGUGCACCGCGGUCAUGUUUGGUCUGCUCGUUCGUCGAAGACGCUCUUAA